UAUUGUGAUGGAGUCAAGAACUUAAAGAUCUCUCAGGCACAAACGGGAAAAGUUGUUGAGAGAAAGCCAGAAUGGAAAGUGUCAAUCCUGAAUGACUGUAUGUGCUCUAGGUUUAAUAUCCAAUUGUCUUGCAGUAAUUUUCAGACUAUCGAAAAAAUUGAUCCCUGGGUCCUAGACAGAAUUAACGACAGUCAAUGUGCCGUGAACAAGGGUACUUCUAUUCAAGGGCAUUCGACUUUUAAUUUUACAUAUGCUUGGGAUACUGCAUAUCCCUUCAGGUUGCUUGAUGCACAAUUCGCAUGUUCCUAG